CCGCCGGCGACUGGGCUCCGGGGGAGCUGGCAGGAGCUUGCGUGGGAGCGGAGCCCCCGAGCCGGGAGGAACCGCAGAUAUGGGCAGCGAGCAGCCCAGCCCAACUGGGAAAGGAAAAUUAUUGAAGACAACUGUAAAAUUUUUGCCACAGUUGGCUCAGGUAAGCUCUAAGCCACAGUGGCAGCAAGCUUCUCCUUCAUUUCAUCUGAGAAAAGAGCAGAAAGAUGAUGAGCCAGAUCAGUUUAUUGUCAAAAAUGAGCUUUCACCUGGACAAUAUUUGGAGGAGAGUAAUAAGAGACGCAAGAUACAGGACUCUACAGUUAACGAACCAGUUGCUGGAACAUCAACUUCUAAAGCACGGAGCAGCUAUCAUCCAAAAAAAGAUCGUGAAAAUUUCAGAAGUACUCUUGUUAACAUCAUCAUGCAGCAAGACUUUACUCUGCAACAGCCUGUUUCACUACAUGAAACCCAGUCUCCAAGAACGGGUUCUCCCACGCCCAUAGAGAAAGACAUUUUGAAAUACUACUAUUACAUUCGGCAUGGAAUUGAUACAGAACAUGUCGCUCCAAUGGAAGACUCUUGGCUGGAGCAUGUAUUGGAUUUGGUUCCACAGCAUCUGAAAGUACUCAGCGAAAGUAUAUAUUUACUGUCUGAUGAAAUGAGAGAAGACUAUCUUCUGAGUGUAAAGAAAGCUAUAGUUGACUUUGUUUUAAGAGAUCCCAGGGAAAAAGAUGAAGACAAGAAGCAAGCUUUUCUUCCACCUCAUCGUGCAGAAAUGGAAGUUGUGCCAAAACCUUGGAACAAGUCUUUCUUGUCAGCUUGCAGUUACAUAAAGGAAAAUUUGUAUGCAAUGAACCCCACAAUGUUGGCUGUUCUGGACUUAUGGGAGACUUCUUUUAAAAAUUUACGCUUAGUUGAUAAAGAAACAUUUCACAAUCGUCAGGAAGCAAUGGAACUCUCAUUCUUCCAGAAUAUUGCCCUGAAGCACAUGGAAUCUGCCAAAGAAGUUCUACUUAAAAAGUGGUUUCCAGAAGUGCAAAAUAUCUAUUACCAAGGUAAUAAAAGAAAGCAGGUGCCUACAAAUGCCAGCAGUGCCAAAUUAGAAUCUUUCUUUGACUGUGCUGCAACUUUAAUGACUCGACAACUGCAAAACUUAGCCUUACUUUCAAUACAGGACUUCACGGAUUUAAUUGUACAGCCUCCACAAUCUGUUCGAGCCUAUGAGCAUUCAGGUUUCAUCAUGAGGCUGAUCCUUGACAAAGACUGUAUUAAGUUUGAACCUGAGUUUAAUGAUUAUGAAGUUAUAUUUCUGAAUAUUUAUAAUGUUAUGAUUAAAGCUAUCAAUCUUGUGCCAAGAGUUGAGACCAAAUUAUAUUCUAAGUGGCCGGAAAGCAAGUCUAAAUCCACCUAUUUGAAACCUAUUAUCCUCGAUGAAAUCCUGGAUGAGCAUAAGAGAAGGAUCAAAGAAGAGAUUGCCAAAGAAAGCAUUGCACCUGUGGAGCAUCUCAAACUGUAUGAUAAGUACAAUUUCUUGAUAAACAAACAAGCUGAAGAGGAUAUUGAUCAGUUCCUGUCAGAGGAACAUAACUUUGAAGAAAUAACAGGAGAAGCUGUCAAAUACCAAAACCUCAGUGAGGAAAUACAGUACACUUCUAGAAAGUACAUUCGUCUAGGAAUGUUUGAGCUGCACUGUGAUGAAUUGAUUAGGGCUUUGGCAAAGCGAGCAGAUGCAAUUUUUGGAAAAAUAGUUGCCAAAAUGUUCAAAGAUCAUCAAGAUAUAAACCUGAGUUUAUGUGAUGAAUUUGAGAAGAUAGCCGAGAAAGCUCUUACCACUCCAUCAAAUACACAGGAGUUAAUGGAACUUAAGGCAUAUAUACAGAAGGUGGAAACACGGGAUAUGUUUGAGUUGGAACAGAAAUUGGUGGACUCUAAAAAUUACCUUGCUUUUCUGAUAGAGUGUGCAAACUUUUCACCAGCAGAUAUUCGACUGAAUAAUAGUGUUUUUCAGUGGUAUGCUCGAAUGUCAGAGAUUUUUGAAGAGCACAGAAAAAUAAUUAAAGAAAAAACAGAGCAAUUUCAAGAGGGACUUAAGAUACGUUGUGAACGAUUUGUUGAGGAAUUGGAGAGUUACUCUAAGCAAGUUGAAGAAUUUUACACAUUUGGAGACAUUCAGGAAGUCAACAGAUAUCUAAAAAAAGCUCAGGCAUUGAGUGCAAAGUUGGAUGUGGCUGCUGAUAAGAUCGAUCAGUUUAAUGCAGAAGAAGAGGCCUUUGGAUGGCUAGCUUCUCAGUACCCUCAGCGUAAAAAAAUUCAAGACACUCUUAACCCAUAUCUUCGUCUCUAUGAUAUGACUGUAGAGUUCACUACCAAACACAGAAACUGGAUGGAGGGAUUAUUCACAAAGGUGAAUCCAGACCAAGUAGAGAUAGAUGUAGGAAACUAUUGGCGUGGACUAUAUAAACUAGAAAAAACCUUCCAUGAUUCCCCAAAUGCAUUAUCAGUGACAACAAAGAUUAAAGCAAAAGUGGAAGAAUUCAAAGAACACAUUCCUCUAAUCCAGGUGAUUUGUAACCCUGGUUUGCAAGAACGGCACUGGGAGGCUAUGUCAGAAAUUGUUGGGUUUUCACUGAAGCCUUCAGAAGACUCAACUGUCUCUUUAUAUAUUGAUAUGCAACUUGGUCCAUACUUGGAUAAAUUUGAGGCUAUCAGUGAAGCAGCCAGCAAAGAACAUUCACUUGAGAAGGCCAUGAUUAAAAUGAUAUCUGAAUGGGAUGCAAUGGAAUUUAUCCUCCUUUCUUAUAGAGAAACAGGAACCUAUAUUUUGUCAUCAGUGGAUGAUAUUCAGAUGUUAUUGGAUGACCACAUUGUCAAAACACAAACCAUGAGAGGAUCUCCAUUCAUUAAACCUUAUGAAAAAAAAAUAAGGGAAUGGGAAGGAAAGCUGUUGUUGGUACAGGAAAUCCUUGAUGAAUGGCUGAAGGUUCAAGCUACUUGGCUGUAUUUGGAGCCAAUUUUCAGUUCUCCUGACAUUAUGGCUCAGAUGCCUGAGGAAAGUAGGCGAUUCACCGCUGUGGAUAAAACCUGGAAAGAUCUAAUGAAAUCUGUCUUACAGGACAAACAUGUUCUGACAGUGGUGAUGAUAGACAAGAUGUUGGAAAAGCUAAAAAAGUGCAAUGAAUUGCUGGAACUAAUUCUUAAGGGACUUAAUGAAUACUUAGAAAAGAAGCGUCUUUUCUUCCCCAGAUUUUUUUUCUUAUCUAACGAUGAACUCCUUGAGAUUCUUUCAGAGACCAAAGAUCCUACACGGGUAAACCCUCACUUGAAGAAGUGUUUUGAAGGAAUUGCAAGUGUCGAGUUUACUGAAGUUUUAGACAUUACACAUAUCAAGAGUAGUGAAGGAGAGGUUGUGGAACUCAUAGAAACAAUCUCAACAUCUAAAGCAAGAGGUCAAGUUGAAAAGUGGCUUGUUGAGUUGGAGGCAGCUAUGCUAAAUUCUAUCCACAAGGUGAUUGCAGAAGCAAUAGAAGCCUAUCCAAGAACUCUACGUAUUAACUGGGUGAGAGACUGGCCGGGACAGACAGUUCUUUGUGUAUCCCAGAUUUUCUGGACUUUGGAGGUGCAAAAAUCCAUUAGAAAUGGCCAACAGGCACUCAAGGAUUAUCUGGAACAGAAUACUAGACAGAUUGAUGACAUUGUUACCUUGGUGCGAGGAAAGCUGUCUAAGCAGAAUCGAGUGACUCUUGGAGCACUUGUUGUGCUGGAUGUUCAUGCUAGGGAUGUUCUUGCAUCUCUAGUAAGCAAGAAAGUCAGUGAUGAAAGUGAUUUUGAAUGGUUAAGUCAGCUUAGGUACUACUGGGAGGAAGGACAUCUACAAACAAAGAUGAUCAAUGCUGGUUUGAAAUAUGGGUAUGAGUAUCUUGGCAAUACCCCAAGGUUGGUUAUUACUCCACUUACAGACAGAUGUUACAGAACCCUGUUUGGAGCACUUCACCUUCAUCUAGGAGGUGCCCCUGAAGGUCCUGCUGGAACUGGAAAAACUGAAACUACGAAAGACUUAGCAAAGGCUGUAGCGAAGCAAUGUGUGGUUUUCAAUUGUUCUGAUGGAUUGGAUUACCUUGCGUUAGGAAAAUUCUUUAAGGGUUUGUUGUCUUGUGGAGCCUGGGCUUGCUUUGAUGAAUUUAACAGAAUUGAUUUGGAAGUACUUUCUGUUGUUGCUCAACAAAUUCUUACUAUCCAAAGAGGUAUCAAUUCAGGGUCUGACUUACUAGUAUUUGAAGGAACUGAACUGAAACUGAACCCCACAUGUGCUGUCUUUAUAACCAUGAAUCCAGGUUAUGCUGGGCGUUCAGAGCUUCCAGAUAAUCUUAAGCUGAAAUAUCCGUCAGAGAAUGAAGAAAUUUUGCUACUAAGAUCCAUUAUAGACGUAAACCUGCCUAAGUUUUUGUCCCACGAUUUACCACUUUUUGAGGGCAUUACUUCAGAUUUGUUUCCUGGUGUGAAGCUGCCAAAACCGGAUUACAAUGACUUACUAGAAGCAAUCAAAAUGAACUGUGAUGCUAUGAAUUUGCAAAUGACCGACAUGUUUGCUGAGAAGAUCUUACAGAUAUUUGAAAUGAUGAUUGUGCGCCAUGGUUUUAUGAUAGUGGGAGAACCAUUUGGGGGAAAAACAUGUGCCUAUCGAGUUUUGGCAGCAGCUUUGGGUGACUUAUGUGAAAAGGGGAUGAUGGAGGAAAACAAGGUUCAAAUCACUGUUAUAAAUCCCAAGUCUAUAACCAUGGGGCAACUGUAUGGACAGUUUGAUCCAGUCUCACAUGAAUGGUCGGAUGGCAUCCUGGCAGUGAGCUUUAGAGCAUUUGCUUCUUCCUUGACACCAGACAGGAAAUGGUUGAUUUUUGAUGGACCAGUAGAUGCAGUAUGGAUUGAAAAUAUGAAUACUGUGCUGGAUGAUAACAAGAAACUAUGUCUCAUGAGUGGAGAGAUCAUUCAGAUGUCACAGCAAAUGAGCCUUAUUUUUGAACCAAUGGAUUUAGAAGUUGCUUCCCCUGCUACUGUUUCUAGAUGUGGCAUGAUUUACAUGGAGCCUCAGAUGUUAGGCUGGAGACCACUGUUGAUGUCUUGGCUAAAUCUAAUGCCACCUGGAGUCAACUCUACACAUAAAGAAUUUAUAGUAGGCUUGUUUGACAGAAUGGUCCCACUUUCUGUUGAGUUCAUUAGAAAAGGUGCAAAGGAAUUGUCUCCUACUUCAGACACAAACUUAGUUCGAUCCUUGAUGAAUCUAAUGGACUGCAUGAUGGAUGAGUUUGCUGACGAGGCCAAAAUUAAGGCUAUGAGUGAACGUGAUGUUUUCUCUUGGCUUGAGGGUAUUUUCCUGUUUUCACUGAUCUGGUCUGUAGGAGGUAGCUGUAAGGAAGAUGAUCGACUAAAAUUUGACAAGAUUGUGCGAGAAAUACUUGAUGGACCAAUUAGUGAGGAAACAAGAGAAAAAUAUAAAUUGCUUAGUGGUAUUGACCAACUAUCUUCAAAGACCUUCACGGUUCCAUUUCCUACAGAGGGAACAAUUUAUGACUAUCGGUUUGCCAAAAAGGGAGCAGGAUUAUGGGAACCCUGGGUGGAAACACUCAAAUCAGCUCCUCCCAUACCUCGAGAUAUGAUGUUUAAUGAAAUCAUUGUUCCAACUCUGGAUACUAUUCGAUACUCUGCGUUAAUGGAGUUGCUGACAGUGCAUCAAAAACCUUCUAUAUUUGUGGGACCAACAGGAACUGGAAAGAGUAUCUAUAUUAUUCAUUUUCUUUUAAAUAACUUGAAUAAAGAAGUCUACAAACCACUCCUCAUUAAUUUCUCAGCACAAACUACAGCAGCUCAGACUCAGAAUAUUAUCAUGUCAAAGCUGGAUAAAAGGAGGAAGGGAGUUUUUGGGCCUCCUCUUGGGAAGCGAAUGGUUGUAUUUGUAGAUGAUGUAAAUAUGCCAGCACGAGAAGUCUAUGGUGCUCAGCCUCCAGUUGAGUUACUUCGCCAGUGGUUAGAUCACUGGAAUUGGUAUGACCUUAAAGACUGCUCUGUGAUUAAACUUGUGGACAUUCAAAUUAUGUGUGCAAUGGGACCAGCAGGUGGUGGCCGAAACCCAAUAACUCCUCGAUACUUGCGACAUUUCAAUACAGUUACUAUUAAUGAGUUUGAUGAUGAUUCCAUGUAUACGAUUUUCUCUAGAAUUUUAGACUGGCAUCUCUCUACUUGUUAUAACUUCACAUCUGAAUAUUUAGACUUGACUCCACAAAUUAUUAACGGUACCAUGGUGGUGUAUAAAGAAGCUAUGAAGAAUCUGCUGCCCACUCCAGCCAAAUCUCACUACUUGUUCAACCUCCGUGAUUUCUCCCGCGUUAUUCAAGGUGUUUGUCUGUCAAGACCUGAAACAACAGAAUCUGUAGGAAUGAUAAAACGUCUUUGGGUUCACGAGGUUCUUAGAGUGUACUAUGAUCGGUUAGUGGAUAAUGCAGAUCGAGCCUGGCUUGUUGGGUAUAUCCAAGAAGUAGUGAAAAGUCAUUUAGAUGAAGACUUUCACAAACUUUUCCAGAGCCUGGACUUCAAUUUUGAUGGCAAGGUAGAAGAGGAUGACUUACGUAGCCUAAUGUUUUGUGACUUUCAUGACCCCAAACGAGAGGACACCAACUACAGGGAGAUCAAUGAUGUGGACACAUUGAGAUUAGUUGUAGAGAGCCACCUGGAAGAAUUUAAUAACAUGAGUAAAAAACCGAUGCAACUUGUCUUGUUCCGAUUUGCUAUUGAACACGUCUGUAGAAUUUCACGGAUCCUGAAACAGCCUCGCAGCCAUGCCCUUCUGGUUGGUGUCGGAGGCAGUGGCAGGCAGUCCCUCACUCGAUUAGCAGCACAUAUGGCUGAUUAUACUCUUUUUCAGGUUGAAAUAUCUAAGAGCUACGGUAACAAUGAGUGGCAUGAAGACUUAAAAGUCAUCCUAAGGAAAUCUACUGAGGGUGAGAUGCAAGGAGUUUUCUUAUUCACUGAUUCUCAGAUAAAGAAGGAGUCAUUUUUAGAAGACAUUAACAACUUACUAAAUGCAGGGGAGGUACCAAACCUCUUUGCACUAGAUGAGAAACAAGAAAUUUGUGAACGAAUGCGUCAGAUAGACCGCCAGCGAGAUAAAACAAAGCAAACUGAUGGUAGCCCCAUAGCUCUUUUUAACAUGUUCAUUGAUCGCUGCCGAGACCAGCUCCAUGUGGUAUUGGCAAUGAGUCCCAUUGGAGAUGCUUUUCGUAAUCGCCUUCGAAAAUUUCCAGCUCUUGUUAACUGCUGCACGCUUGACUGGUUUCAGACAUGGCCUGAAGACGCAUUGCAAGCUGUUGCCUCUCGCUUCUUGGAAGAUAUUGAAAUGUCAGAGGCAACACGUGAAGGCUGUAUUGAUAUGUGUAAAAGCUUUCACACUUCUACCAUUGUUUUGUCUGACCUGUUCCAUACUGAGCUUCAAAGGCACAACUACGUUACACCUACUUCAUACCUGGAAUUAAUCUCCACUUUCAAAACCUUACUGGAAAAGAAACGCACUGAGGUGAUGAAAAUGAAAAGAAGAUAUGAAGUUGGCUUGGAGAAACUGAAUUCUGCUGCAUCACAGGUGGCUUCGAUGCAGUAUGAGCUGGAAGCCCUACAGCCUCAGCUAAAGGAAGCUAGCAAACAAGUUGAUGAGAUGAUGGUAGUUAUUGAAAAGGAGUCCUUGGAAGUAGCUAAAACUGAAAAAAUAGUGAAAGCUGAUGAAGCUGUGGCGAAUGAGCAAGCUAUGGCUGCAAAAGCAAUCAAAGAUGAAUGUGAUGCUGAUCUGGCACAAGCCUUGCCGAUUCUGGAAAGUGCUCUGUCUGCUCUUGAUACUCUUACUGCACAGGAUAUCACAGUUGUGAAGUCCAUGAAGAGUCCUCCUUCUGGUGUCAAGUUAGUUAUGGAAGCUAUAUGCAUCCUGAAAGGCAUCAAAUCAGAUAAAAUUCCAGAUCCAUCAGGCUCAGGGAAAAAAAUUGAGGAUUUCUGGGGUCCAGCAAAGAGACUUCUAGGUGAUAUAAGAUUUCUGCAGUCGCUUCAUGAAUAUGAUAAGGACAACAUUCCUCCAGCUUACAUGGCCAUCAUCAGGAAACAAUAUAUCACAAAUCCUGAGUUUGUACCAGACAAGGUUCGAAAUGCUUCCACAGCAGCGGAAGGUCUGUGCAAAUGGGUCAUCGCCAUGGAUUCCUAUGAUAAAGUGGCAAAAGUUGUUGCCCCCAAAAAGAUAAAGCUAAAUCAGGCUGAAGGGGAACUGAAGAUUGCAAUGGAUGGUCUGAGAAAAAAACAAGCAGCCCUAAAGGAAGUUCAGGACAAAUUGGCUAUACUCCAACAAACUUUGGAAUCAAAGAAGCAGGAGAAGGCUGAUCUGGAGAAUCAGGUUGACCUGUGCAGCAAAAAGCUUCAGAGAGCAGAACAAUUGAUUGGAGGCCUUGGUGGUGAGAAAACUCGCUGGAACCUGACUGCUCUGGAGCUGGGGAGGCAGUACAUCAAUUUGACUGGAGAUAUCCUCAUUUCUUCAGGAAUUGUGGCUUACCUGGGAGCCUUCACAUCCAGCUAUAGACAAAAUCAAACAAAUGAGUGGACAUCACUAUGUAAAAUGAGAGAUAUUCCUUGCUCAGAUGAUUUUUCCCUAACAAAUACUUUGGGAGAACCUGUUAAAAUCAGAGCUUGGAACAUUGCUGGAUUACCAUCUGACAUGUUCUCUAUUGAUAACGGUAUCAUCAUCUCAAAUGCAAGAAGAUGGCCUCUGAUGAUAGAUCCCCAGGGCCAAGCAAACAAAUGGAUAAAAAAUAUGGAAAAAACCAAUAGUUUGCAUAUAAUUAAACUCAGUGACCCUGAAUUUGUGAGAACACUGGAAAACUGCAUUCAGUUUGGCACUCCUGUGCUGCUGGAAAAUGUUGGAGAAGAACUGGACCCUAUCCUAGAACCACUUCUACUGAAACAGACGUUUAAGCAGUCUGGUAGUAUAUGCAUCCGUCUUGGUGACUCCACCAUUGAAUAUGCUCCUGACUUUCGCUUUUAUAUUACAACCAAGCUGAGAAACCCACACUAUCUUCCUGAAACAUCUGUUAAGGUGACCUUACUGAACUUCAUGAUAACUCCAGAAGGAAUGCAAGAUCAGCUUCUUGGAAUUGUAGUAGCAAGAGAGAGACCAGAUCUUGAAGAAGAAAAGCAAGCCCUAAUCUUGCAAGGAGCUGAGAAUAAAAGGCAACUAAAAGAAAUAGAAGACAAGAUUUUAGAAGUUCUCUCAGCUUCAGAAGGAAAUAUUUUAGAGGAUGAAACUGCCAUUAAGAUAUUAUCUUCUUCCAAAGUUCUGGCUAAUGAGAUUUCUGAGAAGCAAGCUAUAGCUGAAGAGACAGAAAAGAAGAUUGAUACUACCCGGAUGGGUUACCGUCCUAUUGCUAUUCAUUCAGCAAUCCUGUUUUUCUCAAUUGCUGAUCUAGCCAACAUUGAGCCAAUGUACCAGUAUUCUCUUAUGUGGUUUAUUAACCUUUUUGUCAUGUCUAUAGAUAAUUCAGAGAAAUCAGAAGAGUUACAGACAAGGCUGAAGAUUCUCAAGGAUCAUUUUACUUAUUCACUCUAUGUUAAUAUCUGUCGCUCACUCUUUGAAAAGGACAAGCUGCUCUUCUCUUUUUGUCUAAAUGUAAAUCUCCUGCAGCACGAAAAAUUGAUUAAUGAGAAUGAGUGGAAAUUUUUACUAACUGGUGGCAUAGGCCUGGACAAUCCCUUCUCUAAUCCCUGCACCUGGCUUCCUCAGAAGGCCUGGGAUGAAAUUUGUCGACUAGAUGAUUUGCCAGGCUUCAGAAAGAUUCGUAAGGAUUUUAUGCGACUGAAGGAUGGAUGGAAAUCAGUGUAUGAUAGUUUGGAACCCCACCAUGAGGAUUUCCCUGAAGAGUGGCAAAACAAAUUGGGCCAGUUCCAGAGGAUGCUUAUCAUUCGCUGCCUGAGGCCUGACAAAAUUAUCCCUAUGGUACAAGAAUUUAUCAUUGACAAGCUGGGCCGUCCAUUUAUUGAACCACCUCCAUUUGAUUUGUCAAAGGCAUUUUCUGAUAGCCACUGCUGUGCACCAUUGAUUUUUGUGCUGUCUCCUGGUGCAGACCCUAUGGCUGCCCUUCUCAAGUUUGCUGAUGACCAGGGGUACGGUGGAUCAAAGCUGAGCUCUCUGUCCCUAGGACAGGGCCAAGGUCCUAUAGCCAUGCGGAUGAUAGAGAAGGCAGUAAAGGAGGGCAGCUGGGUAGUUCUGCAAAACUGCCACCUAGCAACUUCAUGGAUGCCAACACUGGAAAAAGUCUGUGAGGAGCUGAAUCCUGAUACAACACAUCCAGAUUUCCGACUUUGGCUGACCAGUUACCCAUCUCCAAAUUUUCCCGUCUCUGUCCUUCAGAAUGGAGUGAAAAUGACCAAUGAAGCACCGAAAGGUUUACGGGCAAAUAUUAUCCGUUCAUACCUGAUGGAUCCAAUCUCUGACCCUGAGUUUUUCAACAGUUGCAAGAAGCCUGCUGAAUUCAAGAAGUUGCUGUAUGGCCUCUGUUUCUUCCAUGCAUUGGCUCAAGAAAGACGGAAAUUUGGGCCACAGGGUUGGAACAUUCCUUAUGAAUUUAAUGAGACUGAUCUGCGAAUUAGUGUGCAGCAGCUGAACAUGUUCCUGAACCAAUAUGAGGAGCUGCCGUAUGAUGCCUUACGGUAUAUGACUGGAGAAUGCAAUUAUGGUGGCAGAGUUACUGAUGAUUGGGAUCGGCGCACGCUCCGUAGCAUUUUAAACAAAUUCUACAAUUCUGAAAUUGUUAUGGACUUAGAAUAUAAGUUUGAUAACAGUGGGCUUUAUUUUGCCCCACCUGAAGGAGACUACCAAAGCUACAUCGACUACACAAAGACCCUUCCAUUGAACCCUUCCCCAGAGAUUUUUGGGAUGAAUGCUAAUGCUGAUAUUACCAAAGAUCAGUCAGAAACUCAGAUGCUGUUUGAUAACAUUCUUCUUACUCAGUCUCGAGCCACAGGCGCUGGUGCAAAAUCAACAGAUGAAAUUGUUAAUGAAGUGGCAGGUGACAUCUUGAGCAAACUUCCCUCAAACUUCAGCAUUGAGGCUGCAAUGAGGAGAUAUCCGACCACCUACACGCAGAGUAUGAACACUGUACUUGUCCAAGAGAUGGGGCGAUUUAACAAGUUACUGCAGACAAUAAGAGACUCCUGUGUUAACAUCCAGAAAGCAAUCAAGGGACUGGUGGUGAUGUCCUCUGAACUAGAAGAAGUGGUAAGCAGCAUCUUGAAAGGCAGAAUUCCAGGAAUGUGGAUGAAUAAAUCCUACCCAAGCCUCAAACCACUUGGCAGCUAUGUGAAUGACUUUCUUACCAGAUUAAAGUUCUUACAGCUGUGGUAUGAAAAUGGAACUCCACCAGUCUUUUGGCUUUCAGGAUUUUUCUUCACUCAAGCCUUCUUAACUGGUGCCCAGCAGAACUAUGCCAGAAAAUACACUAUUCCAAUUGACCUACUAGGGUUUGACUAUGAAGUGCUGGAGGACAAGGAAUACAAAAAUGCUCCAGAAGAUGGGGUCUACAUUCGAGGAUUGUUCCUGGAUGGAGCUCGCUGGGACAGAAAAACUAAGAAGCUAGCAGAAUCUUAUCCGAAAAUCCUCUGUGAUACAGUACCUGUGAUGUGGUUAAAGCCUUGCAAGAGGUCAGACAUUUCACAACGACCAAGUUAUGUUGCUCCAGUGUACAAGACCAGUGAGAGAAGAGGAACCCUCUCCACUACAGGACAUUCUACUAACUUUGUGAUAGCAAUGAUUCUUCCCUCAGAUAAACCAGAACAACACUGGAUUGGACGGGGGGUGGCACUAUUAUGCCAGCUUAAUUCCUAAAUUUAGCAUGAAUAUUUGUAGAUGCUUAUUUUUUAGAUGAAUCAUUUGUGUAAGAAGCAUUUCAAUUUUUAAACACUACUGUCUAGUGAAAUCAAAAUAUUUAAACAAUCCAUUACAUUUCUGCCUUUCAAGAGAUUUUAAAAAAUACUAAAAUACAAAAUAAAGCUGUGUAAUAAAAAAACUUUACAAAAACCAACCAGUAUGUUUGCUCCUUGAAUAAUUUUAUUUUCUGAAGCUCCUUAUAAAUAAGGAACAUACAUAAAAUGAACACAACAGUGCUGACAAUGAACCAAACAGCAUUUGAUCAUUCCCAGCUUUAUAAAAUUUUUUUAAAUGAUUUAGUUAUAACAA